UCGAUGUUUGUCCAUGUCUAACAACAACAGCUAAAAGAAAAAAACUUUAGAAUUCUGCCGCUUUGUUGAGUUAUUAAUUAAUGAAUGUGAAGCUAAUAGUGUACAAAUCACAAGUUAAGUUUAGGUAACAAAAUGUCAAAACGCAGCGCUGAUGAUGCCAGCGGCGCCGGCAGCGGCGGCAGCAGUUGUUUGGCGGCUGCAGCGGCCGCUGGUCAGCCGCCCAUCAAGAAGGUGCACUUCGAGCCGCAUCUGAUUGGUCCGGUGUCCACGCUGGAGGAGUUGGACAUCAAAGUGCUGGAGUUUCAGAACAAGAAACUCGCCCAACGCAUCGAGCAGCGAAUGCGGUGUGAGGCAGAGUUGCGGCAUCGCAUCGAACAGCUGGAGAAGCGUCAGACGCAGGACGAUGCAGUUCUCAAUGUAGUGAAUAGGUAUUGGAAUCAAUUGAACGAGGAUAUAAGGGUGCUGCUGCAACGUUUCGAUGCCGAAACCGCCGACGAGCUGGAGAAUAAGAAUGAAAAUGAGGUGACCACCUCGUUUCUCACACAACUCUCCACAUGGGACAAGGAGGAACUGGACGAAAAACUGGCGAAUCGGGUGCAAGUGUCGAAGCGUGCAGUCGCUAAAAUUGUCCAGGUUAUUGAUAGGUUAAUGCAACGCAAUGAGAAGAUAACGCUUGUUUUGAAAGGUGAUGCAACAGCGGCAAGUUCUGGGGCUGCCAAUGAUGAUGAGCAACAGUCGAACAGCGCUGGAGCGGAGGGAAAUGCGGCGGCAACAGCAGCAGCAACGGCUGCCGCACUCGAGGAGACGCUGAAGCAAACGCACAUCGAGAUUAUGACCGAGAAUCGCGCCCUGCAGAAUCUGAAUACGUCGUUGCACGAAAAAUUCCACACGAUGUCGCUGAAAAUGAAGGAAUAUCAGGAUGCACUCACCGCCAAGGAGACGGAGAAUGCUGAGCUCAAGAAUCAAAUCGAUGAGCUGCAAUAUGAUCUCGAGAAGAUCCAUUGCCGCAACGAUAAGCUGGAGAACCACUUGGCCGAGGCCAUUGAGAAGCUGAAAGCGUAUCAUCAAAUCUACGGUGAUCCCAACAAGAGCAGCAACAGCACGAAGACGCCCAGCACGGGAACAGGAUCGGGCGGCGGUGGUGGAGGUGGAGGAGGAGGCAGCGCCACAACCAAUGUGAAUAGUCAGCAUUUGGAGGAGCUGCAAAAGGAGCUCGAAGAGCAUCGCGAAUUAGCCAAUAAUCGCUUGCAGGAACUGGACAAAUUGCAUGCGACACAUCGCGAAACGCUGAAGGAGGUGGAAAAACUUAAAAUGGAUAUACGACAGCUGCCCGAAUCGGUGAUUGUGGAGACCACAGAGUACAAAUGUCUGCAGUCGCAAUUCUCGGUGCUGUACAACGAAUCCAUGCAGAUCAAAACGAUGCUGGACGAGACACGCAAUCAGCUGCAGAACAGCAAGAAUCAGCAUCUCCGCCAGAUCGAGGUGAUGGAGAGCGAAGAGCUCAUCGCCCAGAAGAAGGUGCGCAGCGAGAUGAUACAGAUGGAAGACAUGCUCGCCGUUAUACGCAAGGAGUACGAGGCAUUGCGCAUCGAUUUCGAGCAGAACAUGGCCGCCAAUGAGCAGACGGCGCCCAUCAAUCGCGAGAUGCGACAUCUGAUCACAUCGCUGCAGAAUCAUAAUGGUCAGCUGAAGGGCGAAGUGCAGCGGUAUAAGCGCAAGUAUAAAGACAUCUCCACUGAUCAUGUGAAGCUGCGCAAGGAGCUGGACGAUGCGCUGGCCAAGAUCGAGGGCAGCAAGCAGCAACAACAAUCGGUGGGCACGGCAACAGGCGAUGACAUCAAGCAAGAGUCCAGCAAUGUCAACAUCAAGGAGGAGAAUGCCAGCAACUCCUCGGCGGGAGGCGUUGGAGGCGGCAGCGGUGGUGGCUCAAUGUGCCAAACAAAUGCAGGCAGCUGCAGCGGCGAUGCGAAUAUUGCUAUCAAGGAGGAGAAUUGCGCCAGCGCUGAGGAUGAGCUCGAGGAGGAGGCUAGCAAGGAUGUCAAGGAUCCUGCGAUCAAGCAAGAGAAGAUCUCCGCCAGCGAAGCAACGCCUUCCGAAAAGAAAGACUCUCCGGGACCAGCGAAUGCAACAGCAGCGGGAGCAACGGGAGCCACAGCUGGGAAUGCUGGGAAGAACGAGAAGGACACCAAGGAGGGCGUCAAAGGCAAGGAUGUGAAGGCCGUGGAGAGCGAAACGGUGCGGGAUCUAAAGGCGCAACUAAAAAAAGCGUUAAAUGAUCAGAAGGAGAUGAAACUGUUGCUGGACAUGUACAAAGGCGUCUCGAAGGAUCAGCGCGAUAAAGUGCAACUGAUGGCCACCGAGAAGAAGCUGCGCUCCGAGAUCGAGGAGCUGCGCCAGCAGCUCAAGAAGCUGCAGGAGAGCAAACGGGAAGAGCGCAAGAAACUCGCUGACGAGGAGGCGCUGCGUAAGAUCAAACAGCUGGAGGAGCAAAAGUAUGAGCUUCAAAAGCAGGUGGCCAAUCACAAACCCACCGAGAAUUCCUGGGGCGGAGCACCAGGCGCCGGCGGACCCGGCGGUGGCAACUACACGCGUCCCUUUGUCGGUUCGCACGAGGAGGAGGCGCUGCUCAAUGAGAUGGAGGUGACGGGUCAAGCAUUCGAGGACAUGCAGGAGCAGAACUCCCGCCUCAUACAGCAACUACGAGAAAAGGACGAUGCGAAUUUCAAGCUGAUGUCGGAGCGCAUCAAGGCGAAUCAAUUGCAUAAAUUGCUGCGGGAAGAGAAGACGGUGCUGGAGGAUCAAAUGGCAACGGCGACAACGCAAAUCGAUGCCAUGCACAUUGUGCUGCGCAAGCUGGAGGAGAAGGAGCGCAGCUUACAGGCCACCGUGGCAUCCAUUGAGAAGGAGUUGAUGUUGCGUCAGCAGGCGAUGGAGAUGCACAAGCGCAAGGCGAUUGAAUCGGCGCAAUCGGCAGCGGAUCUCAAGCUGCAUCUGGAAAAGUAUCAUGCCCAAAUGAAGGAGGCACAACAGGUGGUCGCCGAGAAAACCAGUUCGUUGGAGGCGGAGGCCUACAAAACAAAGCGGCUGCAGGAGGAGUUGGCGCAAUUCAAGCGAAAGGCGGAGCGCAUGAAGAAAAUGGAAAUGUCGGGCACAACCAUCGAUGAGGUGAUGAUCGAGGAGAUUCGCGAGUACAAGGAGACCCUGACGUGCCCCUCGUGCAAGGUGAAGCGCAAGGAUGCGGUGCUCUCCAAAUGCUUCCAUGUCUUCUGCUACGACUGCCUGCGGACCCGCUACGAGACGCGUCAGCGCAAAUGCCCCAAAUGUAACUGCGCGUUCGGCGCCAACGAUUACCAUAGGUUAUAUCUGCAGUAAGGUGGAGAAGAGGAUCUGGAGAAGGAGAGGAGGAGCAGUAGGAGCAGUUUACAUACCAAGCAGUUAGCCAGCCAGCUAAUCCCAUUAUGAGCAUAUUAUCUAUGUACUAUUAGUAAUAUAUAAAUAUUUUUGUUUAAGUGUCCGCCAGAGCGUGACUUUAACCCAACCCCCACACAACCCCCAAUCCAUCAACCGCCUAGCCUUGGUAUCCUUUAUAUACCUUGUGUGCGGCAUUUAUUGAAAAAAAUCCUUCCUUCGCUUCUCAUAAUUCGAUGAGUUUCGAGUGAUAUUCUCCCGGGUUUUUUAUGUAGCUUCUAGAUUGAAAACUAAAUCGUACGAACUAAUAAAUGGCUAAAAAAAAUUUACAAAACAAAUUCAGUCU